GCUAAAUCCAAACCUCACAUCAUUAGCUAUCACCAUGACGGCGACCACAUUCUGCCUUCUCGCCGCUAUUCUCGCUGCCACCACCGGGACGCUGGCUGCCGGCGCCGGGGACGACGGCACGACGCACCUCCACCUCUACAUCCACGAGACGUUCUCUGGCGCCAACGCCACCGCGGUCCAUGUCACGGCCUCCCCGCUCGGGGGCAACUCCACGUACGGCACGCUCAGCGUCUUCGACGACGAGCUCCGUCAAGGGUCCGACGCGGCGUCGCAGCUCGUCGGCCGCGCACAGGGGAUCACAAUGCAGACCGACCUGCAGAGUUCCGGGGUGUUCUCCACGCUCCUCACCGUGGUGUUCACGAACGGGGACUACAAAGGCAGCACGCUGGUGCUGAACGGCCGCGUCGACUUCGGCCCAGACGGGAAGGCGGCAGCGGAGCGGGCCGUGGUCGGUGGUACGGGAAGGUUCCGGCUGGCGAGGGGGUACAGCCUGAUGAGCAAGUUCGGCGCCACGUCGAGCACUGCUGUCUUAAAGUUGGACCUCUACGUCAAGACGGAUGUGUGAUUGUGUGAAGCUGUAUUAUGUUCUGCUGUUCGUCCUACAACGAGGUUGUACCUGUGCUUGACAGGGGUGUGCUGUUGUGUCAUUGUGUGAUUACAUUUUACGAAACCGGGUGUGUUUACACUGUAUUUUUGCGUUAAGAAAACUUGUACUCCCUCCGUUUCAAAAUAUAAGACCUUUUAAAGAUUAC